AUGAAGAUUCAGGAGAGGAAAGGGAAACCGAAUUUUACUACAAUUAGGAAGAAGCAAAAAGAUAAUAAGCAGCUUGCAUUGACAAUGGUUCGAACAUUGACACGUCGGUGCAGCAUUCAGAGCUCGGGAUCUUUUAGGAGAAUGCUUGACAAUCCAGGAAGACAGCAGCAGAAUCUGAUCCCAGGUGGUAAUGAUGUGGAACAUGUUGAUGAUAAUCAGCAAUCAAGGCGUAUUGACACCAGAAAUGCAGAAGACCAGUCGAUGGAGAACCAAAAUAAAGGAGAGCCUCCCCAAGAGAGGCCACAAUCAGCUAAUUUGCAUAUGAAAAUUGCAAUUCCAAAGUUGCAUAGGGUUGAAAGGGGAAUCUCUAUCACUCUUUUUCUUCUCAUCUCAAGGAAGAAGAUGAUGCUAAUGAUUCUUCUAAUAACUUGUUUUGUGGUUGAUACAGAUAUGGAACAGAUGAAGGAAAGGUUUGCCAAGUUGCUGUUGGGUGAAGACAUGUCAGGAGGAGGAAAAGGUGUUUCUUCAGCUUUGGCUUUGUCAAAUGCAGUGACAAACCUAGCAGCAUCCAUUUUUGGAGAACAAGGGAAACUAGAACCUAUGGCUCCAGAAAGGAAAGCAAGGUGGAGAAAAGAAAUGGAUUGGCUUUUAUCUGUAACUGAUCACAUUGUUGAAUUUGUUCCUUCACAACAGAAAUCCAAGGAUGGAACAAACAUGGAGAUUAUGGUCACAAAACAAAGGAGCGAUCUGCUUGUAAAUAUACCUGGCCUGCGCAAACUCGAUACAUUGCUUAUUGAGACUCUUGACAACUUUGGACAAGAAAAAGAAUUUUGGUAUGUGUCGAAAAAUGAUGAUCAAGAGAACGAAAACAGCCAGAGGGAUGGCAAAUGGUGGCAUCCAACUGUUAAGGUUCCUGCAAAUGGGCUAUCAGAAACGUCAAGAAGAUGGCUGCAAUCUCAAAAGGAGUCAGUGAGCCAGGUAUUAAAAGCAGCUAUGGCCAUCAAUGCUGAAGUCCUAUCUGAAAUAGAGAUCCCUGAAAGCUACAUCGAUUCCCUCCCCAAGAAUGGAAGAGCAAGUCUCGGUGAUUCAAUCUAUAAAAGCAUUACAGUAGAGUACUUUGAUCCAGCGCAAUUCCUCUCAACCAUGGACUUGUCCACAGAACACAAAGUUCUUGACCUUAAGAACAGGAUUGAGGCCUCUAUUAUUAUUUGGAAUAGGAAGAUGCACCAGAAAGAUGGAAGGUCUUCUUGGGGUUCAGGUGUCAGCUUGGAAAAAAGGGAACUCUUUGAAGAAAGGGUACAGAUUAUUUUACGCCUACUCAAGCAGCACUUUCCGGGACUUCCACAAUCUGCACUUGAUAUAUCUAAGAUCCAAGAGAAUAGGGAUGUAGGACACGCUAUCCUGGAGAGCUAUUCAAGGAUUCUAGAGAGCUUGGCUUUCACAGUCAUGUCAAGAAUUGAGGAUGUCCUUCACGCUGAUAAACUUACUCAAACAUCAUCACCAGCAAGAUCUGACAUGUCCUCCAACCCCGACGAAGAUGCAGCGAGGUUGAGUGCUUCAGAGACACCAACACUCUCAGAUUUCAUGGGUUGGGAUAUUGGUUCCACAAGGAGUAGUUCAAGAGAUCUAGAAAUCUACUUUAAGGGUGAUAAUGACAGAAAAACGUCAAGUCUCCACUUAUUCCCUCCCCAAUAAAAGCUUCCUAUCUAGAGACGCUUGAAAACUCUAGUGGCCUAAGAAGUCCGAAUGCUCACGAUAUUUGACUGAUAACCGCUAACCUUUGAAGCAAGGAAACAAGAGGAAGUAAGAGGGAACAAAAAGGAACAACAGAGGGACAACUAUAGGGGAAAAUAGAUAGUUAGAAAGCUUACCUUAUGCAUAUAUUCAGCCCCAUGUAGGAUUUUAUUGGGACAGUAUCUUUCAGAGUUUACAUAGUUCUUCCUUCAGAAUUUGGACAGGAAGUGAUUAUGUAACUCUUAAGAUUGAUGCAUGCACUCGGUAAUUGCUUUCUG